GGAUACAAAGAUUUAGAACUACACCAUGUAAACAAAGUCGUUAUCGGUCAAAUUCAUUUAGUGCAUGCGGUUGUCAACAAACUGAACAAAUGGCUGGAUCGAUUAAACUAUUUUAUUUAUAUGAAGAUAAAAAUUCGAAAAACGUGAAUAAUGUUAACAAUGCCAAUGAAAAGAAUAAAUUCUCAACAGUUGAACAUCGAAUGGAUGAAAUAUUUCUCAGUUUUAUUGAUCUCCCUACUGGACAUGUAAAG